AUGUCUAAAAAACAGAAGCAUACUCAAAAAUAAACCAAAAAAGUCCUAUCUCAAGACAUAAAUGAGAGUGAUCAAUCUCAUUUCUUUUCCCUUCUUGGUGAUGACUAUGAUGUAAGUCUUAUUUAUUAUAAAAAUAGAAUAAUGGAAAUAUCAAAUUAGCUUAAAAAAUAUUAGGGGAUUAUAAGACUCUACUUGAAUAUCCACCUAAUAAAUUUUGGGCUACACUCUCUUACAAUUUAAAUCUCCAAAAUUCUUUGGACCUUUUCUUGAGAUACGCACCAAGAAAACACUUUCUUAAAGAACCCUUACAUUUCACAGGAUACUAUGGAGUAUUAAUCAAAGAGAUCUUUAAAUGUGUCUUUGCUAUCUAUCUAAGAUUAAUAGAUUUAUAAAAUGAAGAUUCAAUUUUAUAUGAACAAAUUGGUGUAUAUGAUUUAGUAUAUUAAAAAUGGAUCUUUGAUGUCAUGAAAUUGACUGAUAUCUGCACAAUAUAUGCAGAUUAAAAUGAGAGUAAUAAUUAUUAUUUUAUAAACUUAGAUGGUGUUAAGAAAAUUUGUUAAUUUGUGUUUAAUUAUUAAGCAUACUAAGAUGAUUACAAAUCUACAAUAGAUUCCUUUAUGAAAAAUGUUCUUGUUAAGAUUUAUGAAGAAAUAUUUUAAAUAAAUAAUAAAUCAGCAAAUGAAAAUGAAAUAAUUAUUAGUGAUGUUUAAUAAAAAAUGGAAUUACUCACAUUAAUUUUAGAUUCUAUUGAAACAGUAAUAGUUUGGGCAAAAUAUUUCCCAUAAAAACAAUAUCUAUUUAAGACAGAAAUCAUAUCCUGUUUUGAAUAGAUUUUUUAUGAAUUGAUUCUGGCUAAAGGAUAUAGUAGAGGAACCACAUAAAUCUCAGGUGUUUGGAAACCAUAAUUUUUAUAACAUUUACAUCACUUCCUUAAACAAGCUGUAUAAAGAUUUAUUGAUUUCUUUGUUAUUUAUAUGAAAUAUCUUGAAGAAUUGAUUGUGACAAAAUAGAUUAAAUAAUCUUAAGAACAUAUGAAUUAUUUGAUAUAGAAUUUUGGUAUCAUGAAAAGAAAGUUUAAAUCAAAAAAGGGUAAUUAAAAUCAAAAUAAAGAAUGGAUUCUAUUUGAAGCUCUUUAUGAAAACGGUUUUAAUAUGAUUGAAUUAUUAAUGAAUACACCAUGGAAUUAAAUUAAUCUGCCAAAAGAGGAUAUAGAAGAAGUUACUCUUCUAAUGACUACAUUAAUGGAAGAGAGAGAAAGACUUAAAGGUAAAGCCAAUAAUGAAGAACCUGAAAAUUUUGAUGUUUUUGAAAACUUUGAUCCUGCUUAAUCAACACUUCCAAUUGAUAUAUUAGAAGCUAUGGAGAAAUAAGAUAUUGAAUAGUAAGAUUGUGAAAUUGAAGAAGAACAAAAUUAGGAUGAACCAGUUCAAGCAGAAGAAAAAUUAAUUGAAAUAGUAUCAAAAAAGAAAUAAAAAAUGACAUUUGAUUAACCAUUAAAAGAUAGAAUUGAAAUGGCUGAAAUAACAGCUAAACUUUAUAAUGAUGAACCUGAUGAUACAUAUGAUUAUCAAGAAGCAUUAUAAAGACCUGAAAAAGAAUACAAAAGUAGUGAUGAAGAUGAGGAGGAUGAUUAUGUUCCUAAUGAUCAUUUCAUUAGAUAUGCAAAACCUUUAAAGAAAUCAUAAAAUUCAUAGAUCAAUUCAGGACAUAGUAUGAGUUAUUAGAAUUUAGAUAAUAAUAAUGAUAAAUAAAUAAAAAUUCUUAAAAAUCCAAAUAAAUAGUAAUAAUAAUAUAAACCAAAACAUAAUGAAUAAGGAUUUAGUGAUGAAGAGGAUGAGUAAUUUAAAAGAGAUAAUAGAAAUAAUAAUAAUAAUAAUAAUAAUAAUAAUAAUAAUGAUAAUCGACCUUAUUAAGAAAAGUCUAUCAAAGUAUAUGUUAGAGAUAAUCACUAUCAAAACAACAAUAAUGAUUUUUAAAGAAAAAAUUAUAACAAUAAUAAUUAAUAAAAGUAAGAUAAUAGAAAUAAAAAUAAAAAUCAAGAAUAUUCAAGGAAUGAUGAUGUUUAUAGAAGGGAAGAUUAUGAUCGGGAUGAUAGACCUUAAGGUAAUAAUGAAUAGAAGAAGGUUCUAUAAAAGGAGAGAAAUAGAGAUGGUGGUUAUGUUGGAACUAACAAGCCGAAAAAUCAAUUAGAAUAUGAAGAGAAAUAAGAAAUCUAAUAAACAUAAUAAUAUCAACAGAAAUAAAAUAAUAACAAAUAACAAUAAGGAAAAAAGAAUUUAAACUCAAAAGCUAGUCCUUAUGAUAUUUAUGUCCCAAAAGAGGAAAUUGUAAAUAAAGAAUAAUAAGAAUAGAGGUAAGAGAAGAAACAUCAACGAGGUUAAAAAAGAUAUUGAG